AUUUAUGUGAGGACUUCAGAGUAUACGUUGAUUCAAAAGAAGAGGAACAUUAGGAGACCUUUCCUGCACACCUGCCUUGCUUCCUUCUGGACAAAAUCUGAGAGAGAAAGCAAUGUACCUUCUCUCUGUGUGUCCUCAUUGACCCAUCCCACCCUGUGUUUUCAGGGUCCUGACCGCUGUGGGCAGGCCUUGCUGCAGAUUGGGAUCAACAUGAUGGCAUUGCCUGGAGGCCGCCACUUGGACCCUACACCUCUGCCAGGGCAGCGGCUGUGCCUAAUGCAGGUAGACUCAGUCCAGCGCUGGAUGGAGGACCUGAAGCUCAUGACUGAGUGUGAAUGCAUGUGCAUCCUGCAAGCUAAGCCCAUCAGCCUGGAGGAGGAUGCGCAGAGUGAUCUCAUUCUGGCAGGAGGUCCAGGGCUUGGGGACCCCCUGCAGCUGCUGCUCAAGCGGGGCUGGGUCAUCAGCACGGAGCUGCGCAGGAUCGGCCAGAAGCUGGCACAGGACCGCUGGGCACGUGUGCACAGCAUGAGUGUGCGGCUGACUUGCCACGCCCGCUCCAUGGUCAGCGAGUACAGCACUGUCAGCCGGAGCGCCUCGAAGGAAAUGGGCCAGGUGGAGAAGUUGCUAAUGGAGAAGUGCUCAGAGCUCUCUGCAGUCACUGAGAGGUGCCUGCAGGUGGAGAACGAGCACGUCUUGAAGUCAAUGAAGGCCUGUGUGAGCGAGACCCUGAGCACACUAGGGCAGCACUUUGGCCAGCUGCUGGAGCUGGCCCUGACCCGGGAGGUGCAGGCACUGGUGAGAAAAAUUGAUGCCUCGGACAAUAUCUACACCACUGAGUCUACCACAGGGAACCUGUUCAGCCUGACCCAGGAGGGGGCUCCAUUGUGUCGCAUCAUAGCCAAGGAAGGUGGCGUUGUAGCACUCUUUAAGGUCUGCCGACAGGACAGCUUCCGGUCCUUGUAUCCCCAGGCACUUCGCACACUGGCCUCCAUCUGCUGCGUGGAAGAGGGUGUUCACCAGCUGGAGAAGGUGGACGGUGUUCUGUGCUUAGCUGACAUUCUGACUGAUGACAGCCACUCAGAGGCCACUCGGGCUGAGGCUGCAGCUGUGGUGGCCCAAGUCACCUCCCCACACCUGGCGUUUACUCAGCACCUCAGUAGCUUCCUGGAGAGCAUGGAGGAGAUUGUGACCGCACUUGUCAAAUUGUGCCAAGAGGCCUCAUCUGGAGAAGUCUUCCUGCUGGCCUCUGCAGCCCUUGCUAACAUCACCUUCUUUGACACAAUGGCCUGUGAGGUGCUUCUGCAGCUGAACGCCAUUCGCGUUCUCUUGGAAGCUUGCAGUGACAAGCAGAGGGUGGACACACCUUAUACCCGGGAUCAGAUUGUGACUAUCUUAGCAAACAUGUCUGUUCUGGAUCAGUGUGCCUCAGAUAUCAUCCAGGAGAACGGAGUCCAGCUCAUCAUGGGUAUGCUCUCUGAGAAACCAAGGUCUGGAACCCCAGCUGAAGUGGCAGCUUGUGAGAGAGUCCAGCAGAAAGCGGCAGUCACCCUGGCUCGUCUCAGCCGAGACCCAGAUGUGGCCCGGGAAGCCGUGCGUCUCAGCUGUAUGUCCCGUCUCAUUGAGCUCUGCAGAUCCCCGUCAGAGCGGAACAGCAGUGACGCCGUGCUUGUGGCCUGCCUGGCUGCUCUGCGGAGACUGGCUGGGGUCUGCCCCGAAGGCCUCCAGGACUCUGACUUCCAGCAGUUGGUCCAGCCUCGGCUUGUGGACUCCUUCUUACUCUGCAGCAACAUGGAGGAGAGUUUUGUGUAGUGAGUGUGGGAUAGGAAAGGCGCUCCACCCGCUGUAUUCAGGUCCCCUCUCAGCAUACACCUGUACACACCUUUGAACUCACAAGGCUCCUUAUUUAUAUGUAACUUAUUUUUUACACAAGAAGAGAAAUCCUCUGUCACCAUCAUGACAGAGUAGGUGGUCUUUGGGAAUUUUUUCUGUUUCUUUUUUUGACUUCUGUGGCUUUUCAGUUGCAGAUGUUGAAACGCAUAAUAGCUAAUAUGACAGAUUGUCAUGGGUGAUUUCACUUCAUCUUGUUUUCUCUGCUCUCACUGUAUAAUCUUGCCGGGUGUUUUAAGCUUUUCAGCCAGUGUAUUUUAACUGCCCAGCAUUUUUUAAGUUAGAUUUGUUUUUUUUUCAAGUACUUAAAAUAAAUUUCACAGUUGGA